AGUUUGCCAAAUUGAAAAGAAAACCCACUUUCUCUCUCUAAAACCGCCUCCUCUCUCUACACACCAAAAAUGGCGGCAACAUCUCGGAGAACCGCUAGCGGUCCAGUCCUACGAUCUCUCUCCCCAGCCAACACUAAUCGUAUGCCUUCCGCCUUCGCAACCUCCACUUUCUCCUCUCCUUCUUCCUAUUUCUUCAACAGAUCUGCAUCUCCAACACGCGUCAAUCUGUACGGCACCACCACCACCGGAGCACCGUCUGUCCGAUUCACUUUCGAUCGUCCAAUUUCUCCCAGCCGAUCUAUUUCCGCAUCGUCAAGGAACGAUCACGUUGUCAGGAAACCGAAUCGGAAUCAACCGUCGUCUCCGGCAACGGCGUCGACGAAGAGGACGUGUAUGUGUUCGCCGACGAAUCAUCCUGGAUCAUUCAGAUGUAGCUUGCACAAGAAUCAUUCGUCGUCGGUUCAACCGUUUCAGUCUAAUCGUCUUAAUGCUCGUAGAUCUGCUAUGACGAACUCGCUUGUACGGAUCGGAACUGUUGAAGGAGAUCUGGUGAAGAGAGCGUUAGCUGCACUUAUUCGUCCGUCUUCUCAUCAUCAACGGCGGCGCGUGAACUUUCAGCCUAGGCCGAGUCGGUUAUCGAUCAUGUCCAAAGCAGAGGAUUCGUGAAUCCUAAUCAGUAAUAUGAUCUGAUCUGCAGGUUCUUCCUUCAUAUUCUGGCGAAGAAGAAGGAAGGUCGGAUUUGGACUAGUUUUUGUGUGGUCCAGUGACUGAAACUCCGAUUGAUUACAGGACCAAAUCACUUCUAUUCAGACUGUUUAUAUAU